AGCGGCGUCGCGCGCCUGCUCCGCACAUCCGGGUGCGCGGCGUCGCCUUCCCUCCGCGUUCGCUCCCCGCCUCACCCACCGGCGGCCUCGCGCCGGGGCCGCGCAGGGGCUUCCCCCCAUGCUGAUCGGGGGCCGCUCGCCGGGGCGCGGCGGGGAGCGGCCGGGCUCCGCUUGCGGCCGCCGACAUGAUGCCGGCCCGGGGCUGCCGCGGCUUCUACCGACUGUACCUGCGGUGCCAGGCGGCGCCGCUCCGCCGCGCCUGCCACGGAUGGCAAGCUUCAAUGAAAAGUGGGAGUCUGUCUUGUAUUCUGCCAUGCAAUCGUCUGCCUGUGCAGUUAAUGAGUCAAGUGAGAGUUUAUACCUCCAAUGGUCAGAAAAAAGAUCUUGGAUCAGAAGAUGCAAACAAAUCGGCUCCUGAAGAAACCCUACAUAAAGCUGGAACAGGACAAGAUACAAAUAGUACAGGUCAAAAGCAGUCUUUCAUUAAAGAGCCAAUCCAAGUAAAAGUGAAAGCAGUCCUUAAAAAGAGAGACUAUGGACCAAAAUACACACAGAAUAACUUCAUCACUGGAGUCAGAGCAAUAAAUGAGUUUUGUCUUAAAUCCAGUGAUCUAGACCAGCUGAGGAAAAUUAAACGACGGAGUCCCCAUGAUGACACCGAGACUUUCACUGUGUACCUGAGAUCGGAUGUAGAGGCAAAGUCUCUUGAAGUUUGGGGUAGUCCAGAGGCUCUUGCUAGAGAAAGAAAACGACGUAAAGAGGCAGAGAUCAAGUACAGAGAAAAUCUAUUUAGAAACCAAAGGCUGUUAAGAGAAUACAGAGAGUUCUUUGGAAAUACUAAGCCACGCUCCAGUGCAGCAGCUAUGUUUUUCAAGGGACCAGGAAAGGUGGUAAUGGUAGCCAUUUGCAUAAAUGGGUUGAACUUUUUCUUUAAGCUACUUGCUUGGGUUUACACGGGUUCUGCAAGUAUGUUUUCAGAAGCCAUACAUUCUUUAGCAGACACAUGCAACCAGGCAUUGCUGGCUUUGGGCAUCAGUCAGUCUGCAAGAACGCCUGACCCUAGUCAUCCGUAUGGUUUCACAAACAUGCGCUAUAUUGCCUCUCUGAUUAGUGGGGUUGGCAUUUUUAUGAUGGGUGCAGGACUUUCUUGGUAUCAUGGGAUCAUAGGUUUACUCCACCCUCAUCCUAUAGAAUCUCUUCUCUGGGCAUACUGCAUUUUAGCAGGGUCAUUGGUAUCUGAAGGAGCUACCCUUCUUGUUGCUAUAAAUGAAAUCCGCAGGAGCGCUCGAGCCAAGGGUCUGUCAUUUUAUCAGUAUGUCGUACAGAGUCGUGAUCCUAGUACAAAUGUGGUGUUACUGGAGGAUGCUGCAGCAGUUCUGAGUGUGGCCAUAGCUGCUGCCUGCAUGGGUCUGACUUCUUUAACAGGAAACCCUUAUUAUGACAGUGUGGGGUCUUUAGGUGUCGGAACUUUGUUAGGAACAGUGUCAGCAUUUCUAAUCUACACUAACACUGAAGCCCUGCUGGGACGAUCCAUUCAACCUGAACAACUGCAGCGACUCACCGAGCUGCUAGAAAGUGAUCCUGUCGUAAGAGCAAUUCAUGAUGUUAAAGCCACAGACAUGGGAAUGAGCAAAGUGAGAUUCAAGGCAGAAGUAGACUUUGAUGGACGAGUUGUAACUCGUUCUUACCUGGAAAAACAAGACAUUGAACAGCUGCUCCAAGAAAUUCAACAAGUGAAAACCCUUGAAGAAUUAGAAGCCUUCAUGCUUAAGCAUGGUGAGAAUAUCAUUGACACAUUGGGAGCUGAAGUAGACAGACUUGAGAAAGACCUAAAGCAACGAAAUCCUGAUGUUCGUCAUGUGGAUUUGGAGAUACUAUAGACUUGGCAGAAGAAAUCUUCAGGUUGCUACCAUUUUGGAAAGAAGUCACAUGAAGGACUGAAAAUCUUCUGAAAUUGCAGUGACCUCAGUACCAUACCUCGCUUACUUUUGGUGUAGUCUUCCUGGAGUGUUAGCACUGUUUCUGUUUCUGGAAGAGCAUCAGAGUUGCAGACAGAAAUUUCCAUGGCAAAAUCAGUUUUAAAAAUCUACUUGAUCUAAAUUCCACAGGAGAGUCUGUCAGAGUAUAUUUACUGCAAUUCAGAACUUAAGAGUUGAGGUUAAGUUAGGCAAAUGUAGCUGCCUGAAAAUACACAACACACUUAGUUUUUCCAUGUGUCCCUUUGCAGUCAGUUUGCACUUCUUUAGUUUCUUUCAAGAUAUCAUUAAAGGUUCUUGGGAGAUAUUAAGAUUAGCUAGGAAGAGUUUGUUCCAGUGGAACCUGCCAACCUUAAACUAAUUGUAAUAUUUCAACUGUGUAAUUGUUUCACAGUUUUUCUUUUCUAUGAGAUAAAUUCUUUCAAACAGGCGCUGGCCUUCUCUCAAGUACCAUGACCUGGAAACUUGCUUUUUGCCGUUGUUGUAAUUACCAGCCACACUUCAGAAAAAUUAUAUUUUUCUCCUCAGUGGAGUCAGCUGUGUGUGGUUAGCCAGAGUAUGUUAAGUUACUGUGAACAAAAUACUGUGUAGAUAUUUCAGUGAACUUCCGCUGUUUAAAUUUGUUCUUUUUUUUCCCCGCCUACUUCGACACUUUUAUUUGUGAAUAUCUUCAGAUGUAAUCUGGGAGCCAUUUAUAGUAGUGCUUAUUAAAAAUUGCCUGACAUUUUUGGCUUUUAUUAUACUUCUAAUAGACUAUAUUGCCAGAUAUGGUCUUUGCUAGAAGGUGUAUGAGUUGUAUUUGCAAGUUACUAUAGUAACAAAUGUAUUAGAACUAUUUAUGGUUAAAUGAAUACGUUAUAUUUUUAAUUUAUUUACCUCUAGGCUUUAUCUGUUAUCUGAAUUCUAAACCACUUUGUGUUUCUUUUUAAGAAUUGACCUUGCUUGUUUGGGAAAGUAAAGUAAUUCUGUCAGUGGUCCUCAUCAAUCCUGAGAUAAGCGCUUAGAGCAUAUAACUUUGAAAUGUGCAAUUCUAGCACUGUAUGUAAUCAACUGGAAGGCUUUCUGCAGUAGGUACCCAAGGUGUACCAUAUUCUUUGAGAUCUGGUGUUUAAUAAGACCAUGAAUACUGAUCAUGCAAGUUGAAAUAUAAGUGAAAUAACUGCAUAUAAAUAACUCUGAGGAAAAUCCUUUAUGCACUUUAAUAUGUUUCAGUAAAAUGGUAAUUGCACAUGGAUGAGAGGUGGUAAUAAGUCUCUUGUAGUGACUCACAUGUUGAGUAAUGAAUAACUUGCUGAAAGAAGAAAUGGUGAUAUGAAACAAAAAGUCUUCAAAAAUCAAUUUAGGGUUAAAUUAUAAGUAUUGCAGCAAAUAAUUUUUGAGACCAAUACAUCCAGAUUUGACUAAAAGCUUUAUAGAAUGCUUUUUUUUCAUAUUAAAUGUCACUUAUCAGUGAAUUAUGAGAAUUUAAAAUAUCAUGCCUUUUGAGAACUGCAAAGCACUUCACAUGCUGGUCAUUUUAAGUAGAAAAACAUUCCAGAAUUUAGUUACAGACAGGACUUUAGUUACAGUAAUUUUGAGUGAAGAGAUCUUUUUGGUACCAUUGUUCAUAAUCCCUCUUUGCUGGUGGCUUCAUUGUAGCAUAUUAGCUUAUUAUGACAAGUCCAAAAGAAGACUUACUUUAUCUGGUUUUCUUCUAUUGUAGAACUAGUUAGUAUAUUUAAGCCUGAUGAAAUGCAGUUUAAAAAUAAUUUGGAAGUGUGCUGUAUCAAGUAAAUAGACAUAUUUUAGCACAUUGUAUUAUUAUUUACCUUUCUUCUUGCCCUUUCAUAUAAACUUCAGCUCAUCUCAGUCUGCACUCUGCUGGUGUUAGUCUUAUUAAUGAAGAGCACUGGAAUCUGAUAAUGCAUAGCCUCCUUUCUUAUUCCUAGUAUAUUUAUAUGGAUCUUGAAUUUGAAUAAACCCAUUAGUCCAGAAAUCUUAAAAACUUGAAGAGAAGUAAAACUGAUAAAAUGUUCUUGCUGGGGAAGUUAGUGGAGACAACCGGUGUGAUUCAGGUGGUUUGUGUGCUGGAAUUACUGAUGAAUGAGUAGUGUUGGUAUGUACUCAGUGUGGCAGAAAUUUCACUGAGAGGUUAGUAAAUGUUUUCUCAAUACUGAAAGUGUUCCAAUAUCUUGUUUAAGAGGAGGCAUGAGUUUAUAUUCCUUUUUCAUCAGAAGUGUAAUUCAUAUGAAUCCUGAUAUUAAUUUCCUUAUCUGAGUCAGAAGCAUAGCCAUCCACACACCUUCUGUUUGUGUUCUAAGAUUAAAAUUCAGAUCCUUGUCUCCCAGUUAUGUUAUUGAUUAUAGCAUCACAAUAUGUUCAAUUUAAGAAGCUAGAACAUAAAUGUUUUUGGGUACCUAGUCACACUGUCAUUUUUAAGAUUAGAACUGAGUCCUCAAACUAGGCAACUGUAAAGCAGUAAGAGGCAGGUGGACUGGUUUUGGCAGUAGCUUGUAAGUUUGUGUCUUGCAGUUGGAUGAAAGUAUUGAUUCAUUGUGAACCUAUGAGGUUGGAAAGGAAAUGUAAUUCCAAGCUGUUACAUUUUAAUAUAUAUUUUAGUUUCCAGAUUGCUACAGUUUUGACAUUUUUACUGCCUUUUUAUUUUUUUAAACUGUUCUCAUGGUCUGAAACUUCAGGUGAAGUGGGUCCAGUACUUAUUUACUUUUUAUUUAGUGUUUUUGGGGAAAAUGUUUAGCUUUACAUGAUAGAAUCCUCAGAAUUAAAGAAAACUUAUAAAGUGUGGAGGAACACAUUUUUUAUUUAUCACAAAUGCAAUUACGUAAUGUUUCUUUUAAAUUGGUUUUAAGGAAAAGGAUUGUAAGGAGAAGUGAGGAUUUAAAUAACAAUAGAGUUGUAUCCUAGGAUCUUUUCAAUUAUGGUCUUUUAAAAUAAUUAAUUUUUGUAGGCUGGCCUUGCAAGUUCUGUUUUUUUCAAAUUGUGUUCAAAGUACUGCUGCCCUCUGCUUUAUGAAGGAUUGCGUACGUGUUACACAGUGUUUUAUAAUUCUGUCAAAGUUGCGAUGUUUGAAAAAAUUGCCAUGGUGUUCCAGUAUACUGAGUGAUCUUGAUGUAUUGUAAGUCAAAGUUGGCUGAAAAAUAAUGAUAACAAUGUAUUUUCAUAUAGAAUUUGUUUUUCUGUAGAA